AUGUUUUCCCCCCUCCCCCCUUUCCCCACAGACUGUGUAACCCCGUGUGAGCAAAGCCACCCUCAGGGACCCAUGUGCAUCAUCUUCUUUAAGUUCGAUCCUCGCCCUGUUUCCAAAAAUGCGUACAGGCUUAUCCUGGCCUCCAACAGGGACGAGUUCUACCACAGACCAUCCAAGAUGGCGGACUUCUGGGGCAACAACAACGAGGUCCUCAGCGGGCUCGACAUGGAGGAAGGCAAGGAAGGAGGCACAUGGCUGGGCAUCAGCACUCGCGGGAAGCUGGCAGCGCUCACCAACUACCUGCAGCCACGGCAGGACCCAGAUGCCAGGGGCCGAGGUGAGCUGGUGACCCACUUCCUGACCACAGACAUGGACAGCUUUUCCUACUUGAAGAAGGUCUCCACAGAGGGUCACCUGUACAACGGCUUCAACCUCUUAGCAGCUGACCUGAGCAUCGAGAAGGGAGAUGUCUUCUGCUACUACGGAAACCAGGGGGACCCCGAGCCCAUCGUCCUGGCGCCAGGGACCUACGGGCUGAGCAACGCGCUGCUGGACACGCCUUGGAGGAAGCUGUGCUUCGGGAAGCGGCUCUUCCUGGAGGCUGUGGAGCGGAACCAGGCGCUUCCUAAGGAUGCCCUCGUGGCCCAGCUUCUGGACGUGCUCAACAACGAGGAGGCGCAGUUGCCAGACCCGGCCAUCGAGGACCAGGGCAGGGAGUACGUGCAGCCCAUUCUGAGCAAGUACGCAGCUGUGUGCGUGCGCUGCCCAGGCUACGGCACCAGAACCAACACGGUCAUCCUCGUGGACGCGGAUGGGCACGUGACCUUCACAGAGCGCAGCAUGCUAGACAAAGACCCUUCCCGCUGGGAGACCAGGACCCAUGAGUUUAGGCUGCAGAGCUAA